GAUAGCGUAGACAAUACAGACUUCUCACUUCUCACCAAAGUUCAAAUGCUCCCUCCACAAGUUUAUCAGUUAUCCAAGUCUUUUUCCCGCCAAAUCCACUUGUUUAGCUCUUCUCUUAACACAACAAUAACCAAAAAAUCAUGUAUCUUUCUUCUCAAAAACUGCAAAUCUAUGACCCAUCUCAAACAAAUACAGGCACAAAUCUUUCAAGUGGGGCUCCACCAAAACACAGACACACUCAACAAGCUCAUGGUCUUUUGCACGGACCCAUCUCUUGGGAACUUACUCUACGCAGAGAAGAUCUUCAAUUGUAUUGAAUGUCCAAGUUUGUUUAUAUACAAUCUCCUGAUUAGAGCUUUUGCAAAGAAGGGUAGUUAUAGAAAAUCUCUUUUGCUAUUUUAUAAUCUAAGAGAACAUGGGUUUUCGCCAGAUAAUUUUACGUACCCAUUUGUUCUUAAGGUGAUUGGGUACUUACGAGAGCUUAAGGAAGGUGAAAAGGUUCACGGGUAUGUGGUAAAAACUGGUCUUGAAUUUGAUACCUAUGUCUGCAACUCGCUCAUGGACAUGUACGCUUUAUUGUAUAAAAUUGAUAAUUUGAAGAAGUUGUUUGAUGAAAUGCCUGAGAAAGAUUUGGUUUCUUGGAAUGUGUCCAUAUCGGGGCACAUUAAGUGUAGGGCAUUUGAGGAUGCUGUUAAUGUUUUUCGGCGGAUGCAGCAAGAGAGUAAUUUGAGGCCUGAUGAGGCUACGGUUGUAAGCACUCUGUCAGCUUGUACAGCAUUGAAAAAUUUGGAACUUGGCAAUGAAAUCCAUUGUUAUAUCAGUGAGAAGCUUGAAUUCACUAAUAUAAUAGGAAAUGUUUUAUUAGACAUGUAUUGUAAGUGUGGUUGUUUGAGUAUAGCGAGGAAAAUAUUUGAUGACAUGGCAAGCAAGAAUGUGAUUUGUUGGACUAGUAUGGUGUCUGGGUAUGUGAAUUGUGGGCAGCUAGAUGAAGCUAGAGAGUUGUUUGACAGAAGUCCAGUUAGGGAUAUUGUUCUUUGGACAGCUAUGAUCAAUGGGUAUGUGCAAUUUAACCGGUUUGACAAAGCAGUGGCAUUAUUUCAAGAAAUGCAAGUAAGAGGGUUUAAGCCAGAUAAUUUCAUACUGGUUACUCUCCUCACAGGUUGUGCUCAGGUGGGAGCUCUAGAGCAAGGAAGAUGGAUUCAUGGAUACAUUGAUGAAAAAAGAAUUACAGUGGAUGCAGUUGUUGGUACUGCACUUAUUGAAAUGUAUGCAAAAUGUGGAUGUACACAGAAGGCUUUGGAGAUAUUCUGUAAGCUAAGGCAAAAGGAUACAGCCGCUUGGACUUCAGUUAUAUGUGGCCUUGCCAUGAAUGGGGAGACAAACAAGGCAUUGGAGUUGUUUUCAGCAAUGAAACAAGUUGGGGCUAAACCUGAUGAUAUAACCUUUAUUGGUGUUUUAAGUGCUUGCAGCCAUGGAGGAUUGGUCGAGGAAGGGCGCAAGUUCUUUGGUGCAAUGACAGAGAUAUAUCAGAUUAAGCCAAAGCUAGAACAUUAUGGGUGUCUCAUUGACCUGCUUGGUCGAGCUGGACUGUUAGAUGAAGCUGAGGAGUUGAUAAAAAAGAUACCAGAUGAAAACAAUAAGAUCAUAGUUCCACUUUAUGGUUCUUUGCUUAGCGCCUGCAGAAUCUAUGGCAAUGUUGAGAUGGGUGAGCGGCUGGCUGGAUUGCUAGAGAAAAUUGAAUCAAGUGAUUCCACUGUUCAUACACUGCUUGCCAAUUUAUAUGCCACUGCUGCCAGAUGGGAAGAUGUAAAAAAGGUGAGAAGGAAAAUGAAGGAUCUUGGUGUCAGAAAGGUUCCUGGGUGUAGUUCAAUUGAGAUUAAUGGCAUUGUCUAUGAGUUUGUUGUUGGAGAUCGGUCUCAUAUGGAAAUGAGGGAAAUAUACUCCAUGUUGGACAGAAUGACUAAGACAUUGUUAGGUUCAGAAGAACAUGAAAGGGAAGGAGACGACCUAGUUGCCAUAUAACUUUUAUGAACAAAAUUACCUUUACGGUGCUUUCACUUGCAAGAGGGGAAGGCAUUUGCAGUGACAACUGUGAUUGUGUUUGGAGGGGCC